AUGCAUCUGGUGUCUGAUGAGGAUGAGGAAGUGGAAAUGGAAGUUGAAGAAAAUCGAAAUGAUUCACUUCUUUUAAUUGGUGGUAGUUUAUCUAAAGAGAAAAUCGCAAGUGGUUCUACUGAUAAAAGUCUCAAAUUAUUAUUGAUGCUAAAUCAAUUGAAAACAAAAUAA